GCCCGCGCAGCCAUUGGUCUGGCUACUCGGCCCCUUUUUCAAAUUGAGGCGCCGAGGCGUUUCUCGGUUUCUGGGACUUUGGGCGGAGACGAGAUUGGUGAUUUGGUGGCACUGGCUGGUGCGGGACCAACGCCACGGCCAGAGUACCGGGUGGAGAGCGGGGACGCCGAGGUGCGCGCGUCAAUCCUCCAGGCCACGCCGGUGCCCAGCACGGGCCAGGGAGACUCAGGCUCCCGUCUGCCGCCAAGCCCCUAAGCGCCCCACGGCGCCCAAGGCUGCGGCCAGGCGUUGAUUUUUUGGCGGGGACCCGUCAUGGCGUCGCAGCCAAAUUCGUCUGCGAAGAAGAAAGAGGAGAAGGGGAAGAACAUCCAGGUGGUGGUGAGAUGCAGACCGUUUAAUUUGUCAGAGCGGAAAGCUAGUGCCCAUUCAAUAGUAGAAUGUGAUCCUGUACGAAAAGAAGUUAGUGUACGAACUGGAGGAUUGGCUGACAAGAGCUCGAGGAAAACAUAUACUUUUGAUAUGGUAUUUGGAACAUCUACUAAACAGAUUGAUGUUUACCGAAGUGUUGUUUGUCCAAUUCUGGAUGAAGUUAUUAUGGGCUAUAAUUGUACUAUCUUUGCGUAUGGCCAAACUGGCACUGGAAAAACCUUUACAAUGGAAGGUGAAAGGUCACCUAAUGAAGAGUAUACAUGGGAAGAGGAUCCCUUGGCUGGUAUAAUUCCACGUACCCUUCAUCAAAUUUUUGAGAAACUUACUGAUAAUGGUACUGAAUUUUCAGUCAAAGUGUCUCUGUUGGAGAUCUAUAAUGAAGAACUUUUUGAUCUUCUUAAUCCAUCUUCUGAUGUUUCUGAGAGACUACAGAUGUUUGAUGAUCCCCGUAACAAGAGAGGAGUGAUAAUUAAAGGUUUAGAAGAAAUUACGGUACACAACAAGGAUGAAGUCUAUCAAAUUUUAGAAAAGGGGGCAGCAAAAAGGACAACUGCAGCUACUUUGAUGAAUGCAUACUCUAGUCGUUCCCACUCAGUUUUCUCUGUUACAAUACAUAUGAAAGAAACCACAAUUGAUGGAGAAGAGCUUGUUAAAAUUGGAAAGUUGAACUUGGUUGAUCUUGCAGGAAGUGAAAACAUUGGGCGUUCUGGAGCUGUUGAUAAGAGAGCUCGGGAAGCUGGAAAUAUAAAUCAAUCCUUGUUGACUUUGGGAAGGGUUAUUACUGCUCUUGUAGAAAGAACACCUCAUGUUCCUUAUCGAGAAUCUAAACUAACUAGAAUUCUCCAGGAUUCUCUUGGAGGGCGUACAAGAACUUCUAUAAUUGCAACAAUUUCUCCUGCAUCUCUCAAUCUUGAGGAAACUCUGAGUACAUUGGAGUAUGCUCAUAGAGCAAAGAACAUAUUAAAUAAGCCUGAAGUGAAUCAGAAACUCACCAAAAAAGCUCUCAUUAAGGAGUAUACGGAGGAGAUAGAGCGUUUAAAACGAGAUCUUGCUGCAACCCGCGAGAAAAAUGGAGUGUACAUUUCUGAAGAAAAUUUUAGAGUCAUGAGUGGAAAAUUAACUGUUCAAGAAGAGCAGAUUGUAGAACUGAUUGAAAAAAUUGGUGCUGUUGAGGAGGAGCUAAGUAGGGUUACAGAGUUGUUUAUGGAUAAUAAAAAUGAACUUGACCAGUGUAAAUCUGACCUGCAAAAUAAAACACAGGAACUUGAAACCACUCACAAACAUUUGCAAGAAACUAAAUUACAACUUCUUAAAGAAGAAUACAUCACAUCAGCUUUGGAAAGUACUGAGGAGAAACUUCAUGAUGCUGCCAGCAAGCUGCUUAACACAGUUGAAGAAACUACAAAAGAUGUAUCUGGUCUCCAUUCCAAACUGGAUCGUAAGAAGGCGGUUGACCAACACAAUGCAGAAGCUCAGGAUAUUUUUGGCAAAAACCUAAAUAGUCUGUUUAAUAAUAUGGAAGAAUUAAUUAAAGAUGGCAGCUUAAAACAAAAGGCCAUGCUAGAAGUACAUAAGACCUUAUUUGGUAAUCUGCUGUCUUCCAGUAUCUCUGCAUUAGAUAGCAUUACUACAGUAGCACUUGGAUCUCUCACAUCUAUUCCAGAAAAUGUGUCUACUCAUAUUUCUCAGAUUUUUAAUAUGAUACUAAAAGAACAAUCAUUAGCAGCACAAAGUAAAACUGUACUACAGGAAUUGAUUAAUGUACUCAAGAUUGAUCUUCUGAAUUCACUGGAAACGAUUUUAUCCCCCACUGUGGUGUCUAUAUUGAAAAUCAAUAGUCAACUAAAGCAUAUUUUCAAGACUUCAUUGACAGUGGCUGAUAAGAUAGAAGAUCAAAAAAAGGAACUAGAUGGCUUUCUUGGUAUAUUGCGUAACAAUCUACACGAACUACAAGAAAAUACCAUUUCUUCCUUGGUUGAAUCACAAAAGCUAUGUGGAAACCUAAGUGAAGACCUGAAUACAAUAAAGCAAACCCAUUCACAGGAACUUUGCCAGCUAAUGAAUCUUUGGACAGAGAGAUUCUGUGCUUUGGAGGAAAAGUGUGAAAAUAUACAGAAACCACUUAGUAGUGUCCAGGAAAAUAUACAGCAGAAAUCUGAGGAUAUAGUCAACAAAAUGACUUUUCACAGUCAAAAAUUUUGUGCUGAUUCUGAUGGCUUGUCACAGGAACUCAGAAAUUUUAACCAAGAAAGUACAAAAUUGGUUGAAGAGUCUGUGAAAUACUCUGAUAAACUCAAAGGCAACCUGGAAAAAAUAUCUCAGGAGACUGAACAGAGAUGUGAGUCUCUGAACACAAGAACAUUUUGUUUUUCUGAACAGUGGGUAUCUUCCUUAAAUGAAAGGGAACAGGAACUUCAGAACUUAUUGGAGGUUGUAAACCAGUGUUGUGAGGCUUCAAGUUCAAAUAUCACUGAGAAAUCACAUGGACAUAAGGCAGCUAAUGAGAAACAGCACAAUAUUUUUCUUGAUCAGAUGACUAUUGAUGAAGAAAAAUUGAUAGCACAAAAUCUAGAACUUAAUGAAACCAUAAAAAUUGGUUUGACUAAGCUUAAUUGCUUUCUGCAACAGGAUCUGAAACUGGAUAUCCCAACAGGCACUACACCACAGAGGAAAAAUUAUUUAUACCCAUCAAUACUGGUGAGAACUGAACCACGUGAACAUCUCCUUGAUCAGUUGAAAAGGAAACAGCCUGAUCUGUUAAUGAUGCUAAACUGUUCAGAAAACAACAAAGAAGAAAAAAAUCAGGAUGUGGAUAUAGAAAAGGCAGCUCUGGGGCAGUAUACUGAAGAACCUCUAAGUCAGGAGCCAUCUGUAGAUGCUGGUGUGGAUUGUUCAUCAAUCGGCGGGGUUCCAUUUUUCCAGCAUAAAAAAUCACAUGGAAAAGACAAAGAAAACAGAGGCAUUAACACACUGGAGAGGUCUAAAGUGGAAGAAACUACAGAGCACGUGGUUACAAAGAGCAGAUUACCUCUGCGAGCCCAGAUCAACCUUUAAUUCACUUGGGGGCUGGCAAUUUUAUUUUUAAAGAAAACUUAAAAAUAAAGCCUGAAACCCUAGAACUUGAGCCUUGUGUGUAGAUGUUAAAAGAAUAUAUAUAUAUAUAUAUCAGCUGGGCGCGGUGGCUCACGCCUGUAAUCCCAGUACUUUGGGAGGCUGAGGUGGGUGGAUUGCUUGAGCCUAGGAGUUUGAGACUGGCCUGGCCAACAUGGCAAAACCUCGUCUCUACUAAAAUACAAAAAUUGGCCGGGCGUGGUGGCGCACUUCUGUAAUCCCAGCUGCGGGGGAGGCUGAGGCACAAGAAUCACUUGAACCCAGGAAGCAGAAGUUGCAGUGGGACAAGAUCGCACCACUGCACUCCAGCCUGGGCAACAGAGCAAGACUUUGUCUCAAAAACAAAAUUUAAAAAAGAUAUAAGGCAGAACUGUAAAUUUAGCUGAAUUUUGAUAUCUACCCAUUUUCUGUCAUCCCUAUAGUUCACUUUGUAUUAAGUUGGGUUUCAUUUGGGAUUUGCAAUGUAAAUAUAUAUUUCUAGCUUUUCAUAUAAAGUUCUUUCAUAACAAAUGAAAAGUAUUUUUCUUGUAUAUUAUUAAGUAGUGAAUAUAUAAGAACUGUACUGUUCUUCUAGGCUUGAGUUUACAUAGGUGAAUAUCACCAACACCUGGCCUUAGAGAAGGACCACAUCAUUUUUUUUUUUUUUUUUGCUAUGACUUAUGUAUUUUCUUGCCUCCUUCCUAGACGUUCCUAUUUCGCUUUCUUGUUGGCUCACUUUUUCCCUUUUUAUUUUUCACCAAACCAUUUGUAGAGCUACAGAAGGUAUCCUUUCUUAUUUUUGGUAGCCAGAAUUUUACCUAGGAAUCUUUUAACAGUUUUUUAGUGGUUAUUUUUUAAAUCACUGUCAACAAUAAAUCUAACCCUAGAAGUACCCCUUCUUUCAGUACUUUUUAUUUGUCUCCCUGAGAUGUGAAAGGGUUUCAUUCCUUUAAGAGGCCUAACAGAUUUGCCCUGACAGAGUUCACAAAACCCACUUCUCUAGAAUGUAAAUUGCUAUUAUGGGAGACUACCCAGAGAUCCGACUAAUGGCCCUGUGCCCACACUCUAAGACGUGUCUUUUGGAGAAGAUCACAAUGAUUUAAGGACUUUUUGAAACUUCCAAUUAUGUCUAAAAAUUAUAUUCUUUUGUUUACAUGAUGAAACUUUUUGUCAUUCCUUGCUUGUAUAUAAUAAAAUAUGUAUGUGUAUCUUUUUCUCAAUUUAAAUCUUAACCCUUAGAAGGGCCCUACUAUUUCUGAUCUGGCAGUCAUAUUUCUGGAAGUUGAGAUUGUUUCAGCUUGAAGAACCAGAGCACUUGGAAUAUGUACAAAGAAUAAAUUUUGUGCCCACAAAGUGUUUAGUAUGUAAAUUUUAGAGACAUUUGACUUUGAUAGCUAAAUUAAACCAAACUCUAUUGAAGAAUUAGAAAAUAUGCUACAAGGAAUUAAAUUGACCUUGUAGAAUUAAUUAUCUUAAUAAAAAUAAUGGCUAUAAUUUCUCUGCAAAAUCAGAUGUCAGCAUAAGCUAUAGUUAAUAAAUUGCCCUCAGUAAAUCCAUGGUUAAUAAAUGUGGUUUCUGCAUUAA